CGUCCCCAGUGUUUACUUUACACUCUGGGGACGAGGUUGAGCCACAUGUACUCCCAUGGUGCAACACACAUCCAACAAAAUGGCGCCGAGUACAACGCGAACGCUGAGAUGCAACCAUGAGUUGUUACAAAUCAUCAGUGGCCGGUCAGCUGUGAAAGCACCAAGCCUAAUAGCAGAGGAGUUAUCCACACAUGAGUCACUAUUUCUACAUGGUCUGCAGUACUACAAGCAGCAAAGUAAGGAAGCAGAAACCAAGUUGAAGGAUGACAAGAAUGUCAGCAAACUAGAGCUGCAGUUCCUGCAACAACUCGGCCAGUUCCUGGACCUGGAUGCAGUGCAGUGCAAGGAUCUCUUUGAAGCCUAUAUCUUGAAUGCUUUUAGGGGCACUGGUGCACAACUACAGUCGAUUCUGAAGGAUGAGCGGAGUGUUCAAGCUUUGCUGCAGAAGGUAUGGGAGUAUUAUUUCACAGAGCGAAUGAUGCUGCUUCAUUGCAUCAAACACCUGCUAAGCUUCCUCAGAGACUCAGAUCAUCCAUUCCAGGAACAGUAUCUGGAGUGCGUUUUAAAUCUAGAGAAGUCCAAGGUGUAUGAUAAGUUACUACUGCAGUAUGAGACCAGUUUCAACGCACCGGUACCUACUAGACAGAAGAGGGGUCCCUUAAUGAGUGAGAGACAUAGCAUCCGAUGGUGUCUACAGGCCCUCACAGAGCAGUGUGAGCUGCUGGAAAUUAUUCUCCUGUACGUUCGAGGUCAAGAAGAUCCAUCUGAAAAUCUCCUGAAUCUGGCUCAACUUUUCCAGAAACAAGCUUUUGGGACUCGUCAGCCCUACAGGCAUCUAUUGGAUGCUGAGGAGUCUGCUCAUCACCUGACAGCUCGCAUCAGCUUCCUUUGUAGCAUGCUACUGGUUGAAUCCAUGAAUCUGGACCCAUUAAUAGGCCUACCAGCUUCAGACAAACCAUCAAGUCACCGUCUUGCAUCAAAUGAAAAGCUAGUAGGGGAGCUGUCCUCAAUCAUUCAGAAUCUAGGGUCUCAGCCAUCGCAUGGCCCUGUUCUCAUUGCCUGGCUGGUGCUACAUGGCACCCUCUGGCCUGAGGCAGACAUGACUGGGGUCCGUAGGCUUGGCCAGCAGGCUGUACAGCUGCAGGUGUUCUGCUACAUCUCUAGCCAAUUGAGAACCCUCUCCACGGAAAAGAAAUCCGUCAUUAGUCUGAUGUGUCAUGUCAUCGUAUACACCCUGCUGACGUUAGUGUUGACCCUGUUUCGUGAGGACACACUUGGUACACGGGAUGACUUGAUACAUUUAGCCUGCCAGCUUCUCAAGCAACCUCAGCUAUGCCAGGAGUUCUGGGACAAUGACAUAGAGGGCGGUAUAUUCUCCCUUCUUCACUCUUCCACAAACAGCUUUCCACUGGACUUUAAUCCACUGCUGCAACUGCUGACUCCACUGACAAGUGAGGGCAGCAAACAGGUGUUUGCCUUCCUGGAACAUCUGCCAACCUUCACUGAGCCAUUGGACAAUAACCGAUCAGUGGACCUGCAGAGCACCAAUCAGAAAGGAGUCUGGAAGUUGAUGCAGGACAAGAUUCUCCUACCAGAAGGUGAUCAUUGUCAAGGAUUCAUCAUACCAGCAGGUUCCCUGGGUUCCCAGCUCCAGAGAAACAGGGUUGAUUUGAUUCGUUGGAGUUUUGACUUCAGCGGUUGGUGGCUCUUCCAUAGUUUGAUUGACUGGCUGUUGGUCCGAAUCAGGCAGGGCAGCAUACCAUCAGGUGUCCAAGUCAGCCAAUCAGAGGCCAUCAUUGACCUUGUGACCCACACCCUUGAAGCUGAUUGGUCACUGUCAUCCAAGCUUCAGCCAAUCACUGACUGCCUCUAUCAACUGCUAUCUAGCUUGACUUCCUUGACAAAUCCCCCAUUGGGUCUGCUGUCUGUCUGCCUCAAGUGCAUCGGUGUCCUGGCUAAACAUCAGCCCAGACAGGUAUGGCAGAGUAUACAAAAGUCUGGUUUCCUACCCCAUACCGGCAAUGUGUACAGUAAUGCAGCUGAAGCCAUCAGUGGUGAGGGUAUCUACCCAGCAGAGUACGGCAAGUUGUUGGUCAGCCAGGAGCAACCCACAGGAGAAUAUCCUGUCACCUUGGAGUUCCUGCGCCUGCUCAAGAUCCUGCUUGAGGGUCUGUGUACAUCUGAUGUAGACAUUGCUACACAUCAGGAUCUGCUGGCCUGCGUUGUGUUUGUACAGAGAGAAAUAUUCUCAGCAUUCCACAACUGGAGAUAUGCUCCCUUUGACGAUAGGGAAGAAGUGGGCAAGUGCAGUCUGGAUAUAUUCCACAUUGUACUCCAUGUUCUCCCAACUAUUGGACAAACCAAAGCAGCGCCAUUUGUCGCUGAUGCUUCCAAGACUAUUGCAUCAAUUCGUGAGACGUGUGUGCAUGGUUUUCUGUACACCCCAGCUGGUGAGGCAUUACUUUACAUCAUUGCCUCAGGCAUCGACAUUCUGGAACAGAGAAUCAUUGAUCAGGGGAGUACGUUUGAAUGUGCGGCAGAGCGUCUCUCCCAACUCAUCAAGCUCUCUCUGUCCAUCCUGAACCGCCUACUUCUCUUGAAGCCUCCUGGUCAGCCCCCGUGCCCCUUAGUGCAAACCCUGACCUCCCAUACCACAGGCCUGCCACACCAGCCCCACCUGAUAGGCCUGAUUGCUGGUUAUAUCUACCACCGACAUGAUCCCAGGUUGCCUACACUGGCCACAUUGCUGCUCAAGAGAGUAGCCAUGGUUGCACCCAUGUCUAUCUUUGGCUGUCUUGGCAGUCAAGCAGCAGCUAUCCGAGAUAUCUACCUGUCUCGUUUGCAGGCACAUUCAGAGGAUGAAAGGUUAAAGGUCGGCAUCCUGGAGCUUCUGACAGUUGCCGUGGAAACCCAGCCAGGGCUAAGUGAACUAUUCCUGAAUUUGGAGAAGGUCAAGCCAGAGCCUGGGGAGCAGUCAGAGGCUGAGACAUCUACUCUGCCCUCCAGCACAAAGCAGGUGGAGAUUGGCAAAAUUAGCUGUCUGCAUGCUGUGCUUGACACCAUUGAAGAAGUCAAACAGGGUACUACUCACUGUCCACCAGACCUCCACUGUGCUGCCCUGGGGUUUCUGCAGGCUCUCUGGCUGGACUGUAGAGAGACUGCCCUCUCUGUGCUCAGAAUCAGACCCAAAUUCUGGGAUGACGUAGCUGCUCCAUUGUUCAAACAUCUUCCUGUACCUGAGGGUGGUAGUCAGAGUAUCAGCUCACAGAUCAAGAUUCGUGCCUAUGCCUUCAAGAUCCUGGCAUUAGAGUGCUACUACGUCUCAAGAGAAAAUCUUCAGAAAGAUCUGAAAACUGUCCUGAAGAAACUGAAGCAAGACGAUAGGUACACAUAUUGGUCAAAGUGCAUUCACACUUUGCUGGAGUCUGCAGCAGGACAGCAGACCGACUGUGAAGAAUACCUGAUACGUCAACAUGAGCUGUUGGUUCUCAUACAAGCCUGGCGCACAUUCCUACUGGUAUCUGCCUCACCACAUGGCAAGGCUAUGGAGUUGUCUGACUCUAAGAUCCAGUCAGUCAUCUUGUCUGAUAUAGCAGCUUCCAUCCAUUGCCAGUCCCAUCAAUUUGAUUCUGUCCUCAAUCAGAAGGCUUGUUCGCUGCUAUCAAGUCUCUACAUGUCACUCUUGACCCACUGGACAAAUAUCCAGGUUAGUCAAUGGAAGCACAUGGACAGUCUGGUGGCUGUGCUAGAGAGAAUCAUGGAUUCAGACUCUCCAGGUCUCAGUAAUGCUGUCACAUCCAUCACGACGGCACUCACUACACUGCUGAAACAACGCACUAGCAAACAAGCUCUUCAUGUAGAAACAAUUGAAUCCCUGCUACCCAUCAUCUGCCUGGCCCUACAGUACAGCAGCCAUUUCUACCUCAAACUACCCAGCACCACCAAACAGUCUCUUCCCUCUGUUGGGGGUUAUGCUCAGGGGUCUGACAGAGGGGCUGGUUUGGAUUAUGGUCGGGGAACUGUCCAGGGGUCGGUCACUGCAUCCGGUCUGUCCUCUACCAUCACAGCUUUAAAAGAUGUUUCAGGGAGGCCAGCAGGCACCAGGUCCAUGAAUGGGCUGGAGCAAAUACAACAGGACAUCACUGGGUCCCUGCCUGUUUCAAAAUACUCGAUGCCAACCAUUGCUGCAUAUCUCCUUGAUGAGCUGUUAGUUGGUGAGAAGCUGAGAGUCAGCGUGUGGUUACCACUACUCAGACAACAUGGUGUGCUCAACCUGUUGCUAACUACACUACAAUCCUGCAUGCAGGUCCAGCAGGGGCUACACUACACUGAGGCUGUGCUGUUGCUAUUACUGGACUUGGCUAGUAUUCCACAGGCGGCAGAAUCUAUGCAGACUAGUGGACUGAUACAGCAGAUCUGCCUGCCGCUACUACAGCUACAUCAACAGAAUGGAGAAGCCAUGCUGACGGGUAACAAUAUGGCAAAGUCCAAGAAAACAGAUACGUUAACCUGGCUGUCCAUUUAUCGCCAUUCUAUCUCCGUGGUAACGGUGAUGCUUGGAACCUUACAGCACAGUUUCCUACCGGAUGCCCUGGACUUCUUUGGAGUGCAUCGGGAACGCAUGAUGCAGUGCCUUGAUGCUGUGAGGUACAACCAGAGCCAAGCCUGCCUGAUGGAAGCAGAGACAACCAGUGCCUUCAUCUACCAGCUCUCACACUUUGCUAAGGAACUGGGCAGUCGCAUGAGGACUGGAGAGGUCCAAGGACUGUUGCUGUGUGUGACGUCGCUGUGUCACUGCUGUGUGGCAUUGCUGAUCAGGCCAAAGCUGCUGCAGUAUCUGACAGAGAAGAGUACCAAACAUACAAACAUGAAUAAGCAAGAGCGUAUGGUGCUGACAAUGAACGGCACCCCAAUAAGGCUACGACAGCAGACAUCAACGACAGAUCUGGCAGAGAAUAAAUAUAGCCUAGAGGUGCAGCACAUCCAGGCCAGAUUAUUGGUGAUAUUGGGCCAUGGCUUGGCUGCCUUGAGACACUUCAGCCCAGAUCUGCUGACCAUUCUGCUGAACCCAAGUGUUGAUAUUUUGGAGUACCAGAUGUUGCUAGGCCUUGGGUUUAGCACACCAACUCUAGAGACUGACAUUGAACCAUCAUUUGGAUUGCUUAUAUCCUGCAUCAAUAUGUGUGUCCAACUACUGAGUAAGUUGGAUUGUAGCAAGACCAGCCUGUCACCUGAUGAGACAGCACCUACCAUUCUGCCUGUUUCUGGGUCAUCUAUGCCUGCACAGCAAAGAUACAUGGACAGACCCAUGAUAAUGUUCAUACUGGAGACCUCUGUUGAGCUGCUAAUGGUGCAGGGGUUGCGGUGCCUUAAAGAUCCUACACUACCAGUCCGAGAUAGACAGAUAGUCAAACGGGAACUAGGCACAGAACUUGCCACUUUCCUGCAGAGUCUGCAACGGUAUUUCCGUCGAGGGGGUGGGCCCUCCUCCCCCAGCUCUGCCAGUCCUUCAACCUCCUCCACUAGCCUCCUACGCACCCCCUCAACAUCCAUCCUCUCCAAGUCCUCUAGCCACACCUUGUUCUCUCAGGCCCCAGAGCAGGCCUUCUUUCGAGUUGUGCAGCACUUUAUGCAGCAGAUUCUACGAUAGAGACCACUUUCAAUAGGGUUUCGAUUGCUUUUUGAGGGGGGGGGGGGAUUUUUGGUCAAGAUAACUGGUUCAAACCAAGAUGGCAGAAUGUAAUUUUGUGAAGCUGAUGGGCAGAUUCUUUACACUUAUUUCUCUUUGUUCUUUCCAUUAUUUCUUGCUUGUUUAUCUGUUUCUUAUGUAAAAUAUGCACUAACGUGUAUUUGUUAUUAUUCAAGAGAAAACAAAUACCUUUUCAAGCAUAAAAAGGCAUUUAUGUCUAUAGAUGAUUAUGGGGAACGAUUUCUGUUGUGCACCUGCACGCUCUGUGUAUUCAAGGUAUGUGAACAUUGCGGUUAUUGGAGCAUUUGUUGACAGCACAGCUGACAGCUUCAUAUGGAGUGGCCAUUCAAACUUGCUACUCUAAUUUGCUAUUCUAAUACAGGUUCAAAUGAUUAUUAAAACAGAAUAAUAAUUCAAGAGAGAAAACCCUUAUUUAGCUGGAAAAAACUCCAGUGACCUUGAAUUCCUAAAUAGUGGGGUUUCCUUGGGCAUAUAAAAAGCUGAGCAAGUUUUCCAACCUGAUCCUUACUGGGGAAGUGCAGCGUACAAAAUCUUUCUUUUUUUGCAAUUCUCAUCUUAAUAAAACAUCCUUUCUUCUACACACCAGCAGAAUAUCGAAUUAAAUGUCAAAACAAAUUUAAUAUAUCAACCACAUAUUUAGAAACAGUGAUGAAAUAGAGAUUGUUUUGUUUGAUGAGAGUUUGGAGGUAGAGAAUGUCAACGCCACAUAAUAUAAACCUAGGCUGAAGCAGCUGAUGUAAACACUAACAAGUGUGUUGCCUCAUGAACAUGUACUUCAAACUAAGAAUUGUGGGUUUGCUUUCCAGUUAUAAAUGACCAAAAAGUCUAGGUUGAAAUAAUGACAAUUCUACAUUGGGAAUUGUCUUAAAAAAAAGGAAUAAAAAUGAACUUCAUUUCUGUAUGGUUAAAACCGAGCACACCACUGUCAUGAAUAAAUAAGUGUAUGUAGAAUUAAAAUUACUAAAUUGUAUUGAA